AUGGAGAUCGCCCUGGUGCCCCUGGAGAACGGCGGUGCCAUGACCAUCAGAGGAGGAGGUGAGGCCCGGGUAGGCUGUGGCCAGGCCAUAGGGGGAGAGCUCCAGGGCCCCCCGACGGCUGGCCUCCGCGAUGGACCCAAAGAGCGGGUUCCAAAGGGGCGCGGCGCGCAGAGGGGAGUGGACCCGGGAGGGCGGCCUUUGCCGCCACUGCCACAGGAGCAGCCACAGCCUCGACGGCGGCCACCGGAGGACGAGGAGGGAGAAGGCGACCCCGCCUUGGGCAUGGCAGAGGACCGGGUGCUGGGCGCGGCGCCCCUUCACCACCAGCGCGUCCUUAUAAACAUCUCCGGGCUGCGCUUCGAGACGCAGCUGGGCACGCUGGCGCAGUUCCCCAACACCCUCCUGGGGGACCCGGCCAAGCGCCUGCGCUACUUCGACCCCCUGCGGAACGAAUACUUCUUCGACCGCAACCGGCCGAGCUUCGACGGCAUCCUCUACUACUACCAGUCCGGGGGCCGUCUGCGGAGGCCGGUCAACGUCUCCCUGGACGUGUUCGCAGACGAGAUCCGCUUCUACCAGCUGGGGGAUGAGGCCAUGGAGCGCUUCCGGGAGGACGAGGGCUUCAUUAAAGAAGAGGAGAAGCCCCUGCCCCGCAAUGAGUUCCAACGCCAGGUGUGGCUUAUCUUUGAAUAUCCAGAAAGCUCGGGGUCCGCGAGAGGCAUCGCCAUCGUCUCGGUCUUGGUCAUUCUCAUCUCCAUCAUCACCUUCUGUUUGGAGACCUUACCUGAGUUCAGGGAUGAACGUGAGCUGCUCCGCCAUCCCCCAGCGCCCCACCAGCCUCCUGGGCCAGCCCGGGGGGCCAAUGGCAGCGGGGCUCUGGCGCCUCCCUCUGGCCCUACGGUGGCACCUCUCCUGCCUAGGACCCUGGCUGACCCCUUCUUCAUUGUAGAGACCACGUGUGUCAUCUGGUUCACUUUCGAGCUGCUUGUACGCUUCUUUGCCUGCCCCAGCAAAGCAGAGUUCUCCCGGAACAUCAUGAACAUCAUCGAUGUGGUGGCCAUCUUCCCUUACUUCAUCACCUUGGGCACUGAGCUGGCAGAGCAACAGCCAGGGGGUGGAGGAGGAGGUGGCCAGAAUGGGCAGCAGGCCAUGUCCCUGGCCAUCCUCAGGGUGAUCCGCCUGGUCCGGGUGUUCCGCAUCUUCAAGCUGUCCCGCCACUCCAAGGGGCUGCAGAUCCUGGGCAAGACCUUGCAGGCCUCCAUGCGGGAGCUGGGUCUGCUCAUCUUCUUCCUCUUCAUCGGGGUCAUCCUCUUCUCCAGUGCCGUCUACUUCGCAGAGGCUGACAACCAGGAGACCCACUUUUCCAGCAUCCCGGAUGCCUUCUGGUGGGCAGUAGUCACUAUGACUACGGUAGGCUAUGGGGACAUGAGGCCUGUCACUGUAGGGGGCAAGAUCGUGGGCUCGCUGUGUGCCAUCGCUGGGGUCCUCACCAUUGCCCUGCCUGUGCCAGUCAUUGUCUCCAACUUCAACUACUUCUACCACCGGGAGACAGACCAUGAGGAGCAGGCAGCUCUUAAGGAAGAGCAGGGCAGCCAGAGCCAUGGGACAGGGCUGGACAGCGGAGGCCCUCGGAAGGCCAGCUGGAGCAAGGGGUCCCUCUGCAAGUCUGGGGUGUCCCUGGAGAAUGCAGAAGGAGCCCUAAGGGGCAGCUGCCCCCUGGAAAAAUGUAACCUCAAGGCCAAGAGCAAUGUGGACUUACGGAGGUCCCUCUAUGCCCUCUGCCUGGACACAAGCCGGGAAACAGAUUUGUAAGGGGGAGUCCAGGCAGAUUGGUGGUGGUGGGGUGGGGAUGGGGGAGGCCUCCUGAGUCUGGGCAUCUACUUUAUACCACAAAGUAUUUCAAGCCCACCUUGAAGUC